GGUCUCCAAGCGCAAAAUUCAACAGGUAAUAAACGAGAGCAGCACCUUCUUGAUGACUUGCUGAACCCUGAGAAGUACGACAGACGGAUCAGACCAGUUGUCAGAAGUGAGGAUCCAGUUACUGUAACGUUUGGAUUAGUCGUCAAAACGAUCGAAGACCUGGUGAGUACUGAGUAGCCUGCUCACUCCACUUCUUUCCUUCAGGGACAUGAGGCAACGAAAAAACUCUUCCUAUUUAGUUCUGUUUUGUGUAGCAUGUUUUGCCACAGCCCACGGGCGUUUAAUUGUGCCGCAGCCAGCCAGCUUAGCUAUGACAUUUCGGCGCAAAGCUGUUUUUUGCCAACAAGGUACCUUUUACUAAGUUUUGUCCAGCACAGGGGUCUGAGUAACCUGCGAGAAGAUUUAUUACUUAGAUUGUCCGUAAAUGAAAAUUCCAAUGUUUGUGGUUUUGCAAUAUGCUUGCAGGAUGACCAGAAUCAGCUUCUCCUUACACGAGCAGACAUAAGAGAGGUAUGUGAUUUCUUGCUGCUCCUGCAAUUUAUAUACAGCCUGUCAAAUAAGGAAAUAUGUUUUUUUAAACAUGUAUUGCGUGCGAGUCAUGUGCGAGGGACAAAGAGUUCCUCGUAAAAAUUGCGAGGUUUACUUCAGAUUUGAUCCUUUCACCACGAAGGUCAAUGUAUCUAAUAUUAAUAAUAUCGGUCAUAAAUUUCUUAUAGUUUUAGCUCUUGGGUGACAAGCGUCAUUUCCUUUGGAAGUUUCUGAGCGAAGAGGUCCUCUCCUAAUUUUUCACUCAGGGUUAAAUUCACGAAGAUAAUAAGUGCUGACUUCUACCCUCAGCCGGGAAUUUCCCCUCCAUAACCAUAACUUUUGCACUAAAGUAACGUUAAGAUUUUCUCAGCAUGUUUUGAGUAACCAGACCUGCCACUACUUUAAUAUGUUUUAGUCCUGGAUGGAUCCGCAGCUGAGAUGGAAUUCUUCAAAGUAUGGUGGAGUGAAGUACGUAAGUGUCGAUCCAAAACUGAUAUGGAUCCCGGAUGUAGUGUUGUAUAACAAGUAAGUGUAUGAGAUGAAGGUGAGUUAAUUCGGAUGAAGUGCUUUGAGGAAGGCCUUCUUAGUACUUAAGAACAUUACGAGUGGUUUCUAACAUGAAGGAUUGAUUUUAUUUACCCAAUAGUGUAAUGUCAUUUCACCAGCAUAUUAAGAUGGCCAUGCCUAGAGGCUGAACUUUACUUGGUGAAAUAUGUCUGGUGUUCACCUGGAUUUUCAAUUUUUACCGUAGAACAGUAGAGUCCAUUAAAGUUGUCUUACUUCUUAAAAUAAACCCAUGCGCUUCAUUUCUGGAAAGAAAUCUUAUGUGCGAUCCACACUCAUGUAGUUUUGGUGGUUCAUUGUUUUGAUGCACUUACUUCUACUUGCGCAACUGUUCGGUACUAUCUUGUUUCUUCGCUGACAGAACGCUGUGAUCGCAUUAUUAAACAUGAAACCCCUACAAAGAUAAUGUAUAACACACUCAGUUUAACAGUCAAUAGUGAGCAUGGACCCUUGGAUGGAAAGAUUUACGAACGUAUUGCAGACUCACAGACAAUACGCGAACGCCGAAUUUCCUCAACUUGAUUUGUUUCGCAUAUUUUCUUUAGUAUAGAGGCUCCGCCUUCGCGCUUUUCGCAUAGCGGAUACUUUCCUUUGUACUUUGUCCUUUCAGAUCUUCGGAAAAAGUUUCAUCUACCUCCCUACUCCGCCCUUUUCGGUGAUUGUUUUUUCUUUGGCAAGGUUUGAGUCUAUGUUGGAAAUUCCAUGAAACUUUACCGAAAGACUGUUUAGUUUUGUGCUGGCAUAUUUACGAGAGAAAUGAUAAGGCCUCUCCAUUCAACCCUUAAGAGCAGGGAUGGCUCCGGAGUGACGACUGAGCUUGUCUCUCACCAGACAGGCUCGGUUUAAGCCAGAUAGAGACUCGUUUUUUCUAUGUCGGGACCAUAACUAUCUGAAUCAUAUACUUUGAAGAAGGGUCGUUUAACUUUACACCUUUUGAAUAUAACAAUUCUUUGUGAUAACUCUAUCAUUUCAAUCAUUUUUUUCAGUGCCGGGGAGGGCUUUGGUAGCGGUAUGAGGCGAACCAAAGCUGUUAUCACAGAAAAGGGGCUAGUCAGCCUGAACGUACCAACUAUCAUCAAGAGUAGCUGCAAGAUUCAUGUGAAGUAUUACCCUUUUGACCAGCAGGAAUGCAAGCUGAAAUUUGGCUCCUGGACAUACGAUUCUUUUGGAAUUGCAUUGAAACUUGAGGUAUGCUUCAGAUUAAUUUUAGAAGCCAGGUAACGGCAUUUAGCUUUCGAACCUUCCGGUGAUUAAGGCAUAGGGGAUUGCACAUAAGCAAAAUUAUCUAUUUACAGCCGGCGAAAGAGAAGAAACAGUGAUAUUUUUUCUUAGCUGCAUAUUUUUCUUUACAUCCUCAGAACUCUUCAGCAGAUCUGAGCGAAUACUCACCUAGCGUGGCAUGGGAUUUACUGGGAGUUCCAGGGGAGUUUCACUCCGUCGUUUAUGACUGCUGUGUUGCGCCGUAUGAUGACGUCACAUACAAAGUGCAGAUAAAGCGGAGAGCGUUGUAUCAUGCUAUGUAUUUGAUAAUACCCUGCGCAAUGAUUUCUGUUCUAACUUUGUUGGUGUUCCUGCUACCUCCCGACUGCAACGAGAGAAUGACAGUUGGUGAGGCUAUACUUUUUGGGGUGCUACUCUAUCCUUGAAAUUCGUUUGUUUGUCGUGUUUCUCUAAUUUCAUUCUUUCAGUAUCAGUGUUCCUCUUAAUCUAUAGCCGCAAACGCUAAUCACUCGUAUUUCAAACUUUACUAGAACAAACUUGACACAUUGCUGAAUACGGUAACUGAAAAUGACAAAAUUACAAACACGCGAAUGAGCAUAAAAUAACUUACAUCGUAUGAGUGAAAGUACUGGAAAACGACAAAGCGAGAUAAACAAGGAUACUUACAAGACGAAUGUGACCAACCCAAAGACGAAAACAUGAAACCCAGAGCUAGAUAUGUAACGGUAAUUUUCACAAACUAGACAACUAACCAAAUAAAUUACGCGCAACCAAUAUAUAUACCAUAUGCAAAUAAAUAUAACAAGUACAAAACUGGUAACUGACAAAGGACACUAAUGGAAGACGAGAAAAUAAACACCUAACACGAAACUAUGAAACACCAACACUAACAAAAAAUGAUAAUACAAAUUCUUGCGCCUACAUAAUCUUUUUUGUUUUUUUUUUAUUUCUUCAAUUUUCCCUCCUUUCCAUCCCAUUUCGAACCAAACUCUUUUUUGUUUGAGCUUCCAUUUUAGAGCCAUUACGGCGUGGGUAGUCAAGCCUACUGCUAACCGUUUUUAAUCUAAAUAAGAUAAUUUGCUUUCAUCCACUGCGUUGAUAAUGUUAAUUGUCCACCGUAAAGAGUUUCUAAAAAGGAAGUUUCGGGCGUAAGUCCUUCGCUAGCCCUCUGUUCCUCUUUUUUAACAUUUUUAUACUGACUACUGGCUAUAUAACAUUUUAUCAGGCAUGGCGAUUCUCGUGGGCUUAAGUUUCUUCUUCCUUCUCGUCGCUGAAAACAUGCCUGCCACGUCUGAAGCAGUACCUCUGGUGGGAAUGUACUACACUGUGACUAUGAUAGAGGUAUCCUGUGCCUUCUUCAUGACGUGUUGGGUUCUCCGCUUUCACCAUCAUAACCCGACGGAUGGAGAAGUCCCUAGAUGGGUCAAGGUGGGGCUUUCCUGAUUGACAUGUUUUCAUCAUUAUCAUGAAUUAUCGUCACCCUCAUCUAUCGUCAUCGUUAUCGUUGUCGCCGUUUUCAUUGUCACUGUCAUUGUCACCUUAAUGAAAUUGUCACUUUCAUCGUCAUUGUCACUUUCAUCGUCAUUAUCAUUCUCAUCGUCUUUAUAACUGACACUGUCCUUUUCAUUGUCAUUUUUAUGUCACUAAGUCUUUGUCUUUCUCCUAUCUUCAUCGUCAUCGUCGCGAUCAUGUGUUAUCUUUAUCAUCAUUAUUAUCAUCAUCAAGACUGUCAUGGUACUUGUCGUCAGCAUUAUCACUGCCAUCAGUAAUUACAGUAUAAACGACGGAAACAAUAGACGAAAACAGCAAAAAGAACAGGAAUGACAACAAAACAAAGAUAUCAGGUGGGAAUGCAACAAUAGUAACUACAAAUAUCUCGCCUCAUUCCUUCUUGUAAGCGGUUUUUUUUAUUCGAAUACCCAGGUCUAUCUGCUUGGUUAUGGAGCGAAGCUUUUUCGCUUUAAUUUCGAGACCAGCAACCCACGUGGUGACUCCCGUCAGGACGUCGAUGUGUCUUCGGCAGAAAGUAUUACUGGUCAUAAAAGUAAUCACAUUUCUAUUGCAAAAUAUUUAAGUGAAGAGAGUACUAAUCAGUAUUUGAGGAAGAGGUGACGCCUUAAGUUUUGUGUGUAAAUACAUGUUCUCAUAACCCAUUUACUUUCUUCGUUUAAAGGCGUUGUCUUGUCGAAAUAAGCUCUCCUCUUCCUAUCCAAAGUGUUUAAAGGUCGUUUAAAUGGCUCUAGAUUUCUAGAAGACCGAAAGCUUCUGUUUUUUGGGGACAUUAGGAAACAUGAUUAUGGAAGACAGAUUUACCCCUUGUUAACUCUUUAUUUACCCUCAAUUGGCCAAAAUGGCAUUUAAUUGAAGGGAAUUCAUCUCAGUACAAGAAAGUUGACUCAUACAUUUAAUUCCAGCUACUAAAGGCGUAAUUUCUCAAAAUUCAAGAAUUGUUAUAGCAAGAGUAACUCUGUCGUUAUAAUUGCGUCAUGGAAAAAUUAAGAAGUUUACCUUCUUCUUUUCAGUAAAUGAUAAAGAAACUCUUGUUGCUAAGGACAUAAAAAUGAGUAACCACUCAAAGAGCGGCAGCAGUCAUGAUCACGUGCCAGAUGACAAGAAGAGCACCAAUAGGAUUCUUGCGGAUAAUAUACGCCACCAGAUGAUUUUGGAAGCGAGGCAGGACGAGUGGAGAAAGGCAGCCCUGGUGCUGAACCAUAUCUGUAUCUGGGUUUUUGUUCUUGCUAUUGUUGUGUCGUUCAUGGCAAUAUUUUUACAAGCCCCUCUGUAA